CUUGUCUCUCCUCGCCCCUUCCCCCUGCCCCUCCCCUCCACCUUUCCUAGCCUUUCCUGGUCAAGCCACCUUUCGUAACCCACACUCCGUCCCCCGCGCGCACGCGUGUGAUAUCGCAUCUUGCCAGGAACAGCCCCGCAUGUCCCUGCGCCUGGCUGCCGCCCUGGCCGCCACCUGCCUGGCCACGGCGCACGCCCUCGAGGCCACGCUCGAGCCGGUGGCGGACGAGGUGCGCUGGGCACCGCGCGGCGUCGGCGACCUGAACGCGGUCUCGCCCGCGGGCCUGCGGGGCAACUCGCGCGCGCCGCGCAUCUCGCUGAACAGGGGCGAGGGGGCCUACAGCGCCGAGGCCUCCUUCGACGCCGACGCCGCCGCCGCCUGGGCCGAGGCGCACCGGCCCGCGGCGGAGAUGCGGCACAUGCCUCGGGCCCAGGGCUACGUGGCAAACGUCCUGGGCGCCGGCUCGGAGGCCGCCGAGAGGGACAAGCGGUUCUCGGCUUCGGAGCUCGAGGACCUCAAGAGCAAGGCGCUUAAGUCGGGCAUGUCCAUCUACACGAGGAAUUUGCAAAACUAGUGAAACAUGUCGUCACGCAUUUACAUAGUUCCCAGCUUUCUCGCUCGCACGCCUUCUCGAACCAGCACUGCUUCAAGAGGGCGUCAGGGUGUUCCAAGAAGAACCAAGAGGCCCUCAAGGCGGCUCAAGAGGGCCCCCAAAGGAGCCCACGACGGCGCAAAGGGGUCCCCAACCUGUGCAACACGGGUCCCAAACAUUCUUGGAUAGCCUCCGAAGGGCUCCAAGACGCCCCGAGACGGCUCAACAAGUUGCGAACGCUGCCAAUCGUCUACUUCGUCUACGCUGGCCAGGCGUUCCUCCGCUGCCAGCGGCGUGGCUGAAAUGCUGUCGUAAUGCAGUGUGCUCGCGGUCAACGUGGUGGCCUGAUCAACAACACGAGUGUCGGGCUUUGUCGUUUCCUCCCUCCACCUCUGAUUUCCUCUGCUCGUCCGCCUCCUCCGCGCAUUGCGCUGACCUUAUAUCGUCACGCAAUGUUAAGCUAGAUCAUUUCCACGCAGUUUCCGAUGCGACUUUCAAAUUACGCUCAGCAUGCACUUGCACGGAGCUUCUCUGUGGUCACUUUUCAUGUUCACGGGUCCUGGUUGUUGAGAA